AUGAAGCGAGAAACUGGAUUUUGGGAAGCCGAGCGUAUUUUAGACGAAAGACAAUCAAACGGUGUGUCACACUAUUUAGUGCAAUGGGAAGGCGAAGACAAAGAUGGAAUUCCUUGGGAUCCAACUUGGGAGCCGGAAAAUAAUUGCACUGCAGCUUUAUUAGAAGAAUGGAGAAUUACGAAGAACCAAGAAAGCACCGGACUUUCUUUUUCCCAACGUCGAUCCUCCACAGCUUCAUCCAGAACUGUAUUAUCCGACGAUGAUGAUGAGGUCGGUGACGAUCCUAGUACCGAUUCAUCCUCACAAUUAUCUCCUUCUUCUCCCUCUACAAAUAUUACUGCCCCUUCUUCUUCCUCCUCCUCUGCAAAUACUUCAUCUUAUAACUUUAACUUUAGUAUUAUUUCAAAUACUUUUUCAAAUACUUUCUCAAAUAUUUUUAUAAAUAAAAGACAGCAAAAUAAUCCUUCCAACUAUUCUUUUAAUAAUUCUUCUAAUAAUUCUUUUAAUAAUCUUUCUAAUAAUUCUUCUAAUAAUCUUUCUAAUAAUUCUUCUAAUAAUCUUUCUAAUAAUUCUUCUAAUAAUCUUUCUAAGAAUUCUUCUAAUAAUCUUUCUAAGAAUUCUUCUAAUAAUCUUGCUAAUAAUCUUUCUAAUAAUUCUUCUAAUAAUCUUUCUAAUAAUUCUUCUGAUAAUCUUUCUAAUAAUUCUUCUGAUAAUCUUUCUAAUAAUUCUUCUGAUAAUUCUGGUGACAAUAAAGAACCCAGUAUUUCAAUGAUGGAUUAUGAAAAUUUGUUAAAAGAACUCAAUAAUAUGAUUCAAGAAAAGGAUCAUUGUCAUAAUAAAAUGAAACAAUAUGAAAAAUUGUAUCAAAAUCAAAAAUCUAAAAAUCAGAGUUUGAAUCAAGAAAUGAGUCAAAUUCAUAAAUUAUUACAAGAUAAGCAAAUAGAAUUUUUGAGAGUUAAUACUCAAUUAGAACAAGCCAAUAGUCAAAUCACUAAAAUUCAAGAAUUGUGUAAUAAAAAAGAUUCAAAAAUGAAAAAUUUGGAUUUAGAAUUAGAAGAACAUAGAAGACAAUUUGAUUUUAAACACAAAAAAGAUCAAAAGCAAAUUAAUUUACAUAAAAAGACUAACAGCAAUUUAGUUUCAGAAAAUCAAAAAUUACUUGAAGAAAUUGAAACUUACAAAGCUGCAAAAGGUUUGAAAUUAGCUGAAGAUCAAGUUCAGGAAAAAGAAUCAAAAGUCCAAUUAUUAAUGAAGUUAAUGGAAAAUAAAAAUAAAUCUGAUGAAAGAUUAUCAAGAUUGAGAUUAGAAGGUUUGGAAAGAAAUGAAAAUGGUUUAUCUUCUUUACAGCAAAUAAAACCUUUAGAAGAAAGAGGCGAAAAUUCCAAUAAUAUAUCCAUUUUACAAUCUUGGGAUAGAGGCGAAAAAUAUGAUAUUUUUUCAUUGCAAGAAAUAAAAUUGGAGACAACCGAAAAUUCCAACAAUUUAAAUAAUUUACCAUUUUCAAAUACUGAGAAUUAUUUUUCUCCUCAUUCAAGCGCACAAGAACAGGAAUUUAUUCUUAUUAGAAAAUAA